AUGGAGGAAUCCCGUUUGAGACUCCAGAUCCAACUUUUGAGAGAUGAAUUAAACAAGAUGACGACUUUAGCACAAAGAUGCAUUGGGAGCCAAAUAACACCUCUUGACCUAUCAAACUCGGCUCUGAUUGGACAAGGUCAUAGUAACUACCACAACUCGAUUGGAAAGUUACAUUUUCUCGAUCUAGCUGAGAAAGCAAUGAAUGAAUUGAACAUUUUAGUUAAUGUAAACGAUCCUCUAUGGAUAGAAAUCGUAGGCGAAGGAGGAGGAGUUAUGGAAUCUCUAAACCUCGGAGAGUACGUCAAGCUGUUCGCUCCUUGUUUAGAAAUUAAACCCGACAACAAUUCUACCCAUUAUGCCACCAGGGCAUCUGGCAUUAUUGCCGCCAGCAGCUCCACGAUCCUCAGGGCAUUGAUGGAUGAAAAUCAAUGGUCAUAUUUAUUUCAAACUAUAAUUGGUACGAGUGCACUUAUAGACAUAAUUCAAGAAGACAAUGGAACAAACUUGAAAAUGAUGUACGCUGAGCUGCAAGCACUAUCGUCUUUGAUUCCUGUUCGGAAAGUAAAAUUUAUUCGAUUUAGCAGACAGGUUGCAGAGGGAGUAUGGGGAAUGGUGGAUGUAUCUGUUGAAAAUUCCCAUGAUAUUUCGGAAACAAACCCAAUUAUAAAUUGUAGGAGGUUCCCUUCUGGAUGUAUUGUGCAAGAUAUGCCCAAUGGUGGCUCCAAGGUAACUUGGGUGGAGCAUUUGGACUUUGAAGAGAACGAGUUCAAUCAUCCAUUAGGAGUCAUGUGUUGCAGUUCGUCUUUUGGUGCUCAAAGGUGGCUUGGUUCACUUAAGAGACAAUGCCUAUGCUUGGCGAUUAUAACGUCUCCUCAUGAUCGAAUUAGCGGGAUGGUUAAUCAGUCCAGGAAGAGAAGCAUGGCUAAUAUGGCUCAUAGAAUGGUGAGUAACUUUGGAUUCGGUGUAUGCUCGACUGUGUACCAAUGGCAGGUAGUCCAAGUAGGGGAAACAAUGGUGACUAUACGCAAUAAUAAUCCGGGUGAGCCAACCGGGGUGGUGCUGAGUGCCUCAAAGUCGUUCUGCAUGCCCAUUUCCCAUCAAUCUCUGUUUAAUUUCCUAAGCCACAAACAUACAAGGGAUGGUUAG